AUGCCUGCUGAGUUGUCUCUGUGUAAAGAGAUUAAAGGACUGGUAGAGUGUCUCUGUGUAAAGGACCUGAAUGAGUGUGACUGUGCCUCAGAGUGUUCCUGUACCUGUUCCACCUGCACCAAGGUGAAAGAGGAAUCCCAGGGUCAGCAGCUGGAGAGAGCUCUGGAUGGUGACGUGGACAACAUCACCACGCUGAUCCAUCACCACGUCCCAGAAGCCAAGCUGAUCGAGGCCAUCGGCCAGGAGCUGACCUUCCUGCUGCCCAACAAGGGUUUCAAACACCGGGCCUACGCCUCCCUCUUCAGAGAACUGGAGGAAACAUUGGGAGACAUGGGCCUCAGCAGCUUCGGCAUCUCUGACACCUCACUGGAGGAGGUGAGAAUGGGGGUAGGGGGAGAUAGGACUGGAGAGGAGGGGAAUGUGGUAGGGGAGGUGAGACUGGCAUCUCUGACACCUCACUGGAGGAGGUGA